AUGGCUUCCGAAACUGAUCCCUUCUUCUUUCCCUUCAUAUUGGGCCUCACCGCCGCUGGCCCGACCCAACAACAGCCCGACCCGGACGGCCCACGUGACCGGGUCGUCUUCCUCAACCUCUUAACCCAGACCAUGGCCGUCGUCGAGAUGAACGCCGACUCACUGUUUCAAAACCUGUCUGCCGCGAAAGGCGGGCCGAGGCCCGCCUCGAAAUCGGCCAUCGAAAACCUGCCACGUGUCGAGAUCGUGAAGGGCAACGGAGACGGCGAGGAGGAUCAGUGCGCCGUUUGCCUGGGGGAGUGGGAAAAGGGCGAUCUGGCGACGGAGCUGCCGUGCGGGCACAGAUUCCACGGCGGAUGUAUCGGAAAGUGGCUGAGGAUUAACGGGUGCUGCCCGCUGUGCCGGCGGGAGCUGCCGGCCGGCGGCGAGGAUGAUGACGUGGAGGAGAAAUCUCCCGGGGAGAGGGGGAGGAGAGAAAUCUGGGUGAGCUUCAGCUUUGGUGGUCUGAGGAAUCGCGAAAAUCAAGAAGAUUAG